AUGGCAGCCAAUGCUCGCAGUGGACCUGGAAAGAGCCAGAAACUGGCUGUCAUGUUUGAGGACUGGUGCGGAUCUGAAGAAAAGUGGGAGAAGAGCAAGUUAGUCAUUCAGAUGCGACAGGUCAACAAGGUUGGGAGGAAAGGGUCCAGAAAAUGGAUGUGUCGCCAUGAGAUUGUUGACAAGUACCAGAGUGAGUCCAUUGCUGAUGAAAUCAUAAGUCAGAAGAUGGCCAUGGAUGAGACUGCUCGUGCGGCUGUGGUCCGGGAUCACCCAGACACGCCAAUGGAUGAGCUCCGUCAGUACUUAGUGUUCGAUGCAGAGUCUGAGUAUGACCAAUCUGACACUAUCCUUGAAAGCUUGUUCUCGAAGAGCAAGAAGAGCAAGAAAAGCAAGAAAGACAAAAAGGCUGGGAAGAACAAGAAGACCAAGGCUCAGAAGGAGAAGGACAAACAGAAGCAAGAGGAGAAAGACAGAAAGGAACACGAACGUGAACUGAAGAAGAAGGAUCAGAAAGUUCGUCAAGAUGCCAAGAAAGCCCAUGGCUUAGAUGAUAUGGAUAUUUGA